AUGGCGAACGACAAUCUGCUUCUGGUCGGCUCUAUGGGCCACAUUGGCGGUGCCGCUCUGGACGAGCUUGUUAGGACGUAUCCCGAACUCCAGAUCAAUGCGGUCGUCCGAUCGGAGAAGGAUUUGGCUAUUUUAGAGAAGCAGUACCAUCAUGCGAACGUGAAAGUCGUUAUUGGUAGUCUUAAGGACAUAGGACUCAUGGAAAGUCUGUCAAGAGAUGCAACCAUCGUCCUCAAUUGCGGUCCGGAUGUCCCCAACCGUCCUGGAAUCGAGGCGCUGCUUCGUGGUCAAGCGGCAAAAGUUAGAGAGACGUUUUACAUUGGCACCUCUGGAGCAGACAUAAUAUGGGACGCACCAACGGGGGAGACCGAAGGGCGCAUUUGGGACGAUGUUGCCAAUGUAGACGAGAUUUUCGCGCUACCAAACAAGUCGCACAUCCCCACGGAUCGUAUUGUGCUUGAGGCCAACACGGCUCUUCUCCAUAGCGCCAUUGUCUCGCCUGGCUUCGUUACAGGCGUGAGCCCCAGCUCCACGCACCCUACACCGCUUACAUUUCCUGACUGGUUAUAUGUCGUGAAGGCCCUCGACAGUGGGGUGACCAUAUCGAAAGGUGUGAACAGGAUCAGCUUUGUGGACGUGAAGGAGCUGGGACGGCUUUACACGGCUCUUGUGGGUGACGCAUUGAAACGACUCCAGGGAGGGCAGUACGGCACUGAGGAGAUUGCGGUCUGGGGUCCAAAGUCGUAUUACUUCGGGAAAAAUCUGGAGGUAUCAGCACGGGAGUUUAUGAUCGUUCACCUUAUACCGGCUCUGAAGAAAUAUGGUGCGCCAUAUCCGAGCUCCGAGGAGGUCAAGGAAGCCACCACCAAGACAAUAUUGAGGGUGAUCAUGGAGAGGCUUGGACUUGCGGGUGAUGUUAAUGCUGAAAGGUCUAACAGCUACCGCGCCGAUGUGCUUGGUGUGAAUAUGAGAAUAACUGGAACAAGGGCUACGAAGGCGCUUGGGUUCGCUUGGGCAGACGGUGAUGCGGGCAUCGACGAAGCUGUUAGAGCAUUCCUCCGCAGAUAA